AUGGCCCUCCGGCUAGCCAUAGAGCAGUCAGAGCGGGAGGCGAAGGAGGCAGCGGCGGAGGCGGCUCGAGUCGCCAAGCUGAAGCAGCAGCAGGACAAGGCCGUCCGUUGGAUGAAGGGGCUGGUAGUCUUGUCCUCCUCCUCCUCCGACUCCGACGGCAGCUCCACCUCCUCCGACGGCAGCUCCACCUCCUCCGACGACCAAGAUCCUCCACCAGCCGCAGACGCCUACAGCUACGCCGGCGACCGAAAGGGGAAAGACCCGACGAGGAAAUGCUCUAACCGGACAUAUGCAACACCGGCUCCUACAUCAGUUUGUGGGGACACAUGCUGUGUCCAGUCUACUAGUACCACACUACCCGCGGUCCGGAAGUCCUCCUCCAACUCCAUCUCCAGCCGCCGCUAUAUAAAAAUCCGCGCCGGCGCCGCACCGGGGAAGCCCACCCUCGCCUUCUCCUCCUCCUCCUUCACCCAAACGGCAGAGGACCCCUGCCGUCUCAAGCCCCGCCUCUCCCUCUCCGUGGUUGGAGCGCCGCCUUGCUUUAUGAUGGGUUCUUCUUCAUCUUGGUCUGUCCCGCCAGCCUCUGGGGAAUGCUCUUUACAAAAUGUCGAACGUUACGAGAUAACCAAGGCCUUAAUGGAGUGCAAAAUGGCAGAAAGAAGCUCAGUGAGCCAACACCUGGUCAAGCUAGUUCGUUACAUGUGGAGGUUGGAAGCUUUGGGCUCUCCGAUCCCCCCCUGGCUUUGUACUGAUCUUAUCCUUCUGUCUCUCCCGCCAAGCUUUAAUGGCUUUAUCAUGAAUUACAUGAUGUGCGAGAUGGACAAGAGCGUGAAUGAAUUGCUCGUGAUGCUCAAGAACGCGGAGUUUUGGAUGCAGAAAGGCACCAAUCAUUUGACGAAGAAGACCACUAAUUUCAAGAAGAAGGGCAAAGUUAAAAAUGGCAAGGGCGUCAUUAAGACCGACACCAAGCGAAAGCCUAAACGCGGUGCUACUAAAGAGACUCAGUGCUUCUUCUGCAAGGACAAGGGUCACUGGAAAAGGAAUUGCAAAAAGUUUUUGGCAGAAAAGAAGAAGUCUGGAAAGUCCAGCACAAGGACUUCCGAGGACACGGGGACUGGUAAAGAAUGAGGUGCAGUUCCGUGUCGAAACGGUGUUGAAGUUGCCGCUCAGGCCGUCGGCGUCAUGCCCUACAUCUACCUUUAUAAUUCAUACUCCCUCCGUCCCGAAAACUUUGUUAAACUUUGUAUUAAAGCUAGUAUAAAGUUGAGACAUAUAUUUUGGGACCGAGGGAGUACUAUAACUUAGUAAUUGUUAUUUUGUUUCUGCGUUAUGUAAAAACAUUAUAUUAGGAUCUUGUUUCUUACGUGACGGAUAUAUCUGUAUCUAUAUGUACUAAUAAUAAUAAAGUAAGGUGUGAUUCUCUGA